AUGCUUUCCUUUUCUCUUAUUUCUCUGCCAAUGUCAGAAUAUAUUUUCUUUCUUUUCUUUUUCUUUUACAAGUUCAAAUAUAUAUUUUUUUCUUUUCUUAUCUGUCAUGGUCUAAAUAUAUUUUCUUUCUUUUCUUUGCCAAUGUCUAAUUGUAUUUUCUUUCCUUUCUUCUUCUCUGCCAUGGUUUGUUCUUUUUUCGUCACCAUUUUCAUUUCGGUUUUUAUUCGUUUCACUUUUAUUUUCUCUCUCUCUCUCUCUCUCUCUCUCUCUCUCUCUCUCUCUCUAUUGGUUCAAUUAAAUGCAUUCAUUUCUCUUCGCCUGUACCUCCGUUCUCUCGCCCUCUCAUUUUCAUCCCUCUUUCUCUCAGCUUAUUUUCUCCAUCUUGUUUUACGCCUUCAUUUUCCUCUCAAAAUUUAUGAUCGUUUACCGGCUCAUAACAGUGCUGGCCAAAAACCCCCAACGCGCCAAAAACAUAUUCACCCCAGUAUCAUCACAAAAUGCCCCAGUAACAACAACAAAGGAACCGGGAAGAGUUAA